AUGGCUAGCAGUUCCAAAGACCCUCAAGUGCCAUUUAAUGGCAUACCCGAGAUAGACCCGGAGGUGAUGAAUGAAAUGAAAUCCAUAGAAGAAAAGGCCGCUGACGUUGAAAAACAUGUUGCCAAGGAAUACACUAAGCUAAUGCGCCCAAUAUACGAAAAGCGACGGCAUAUAUUAGCAAAGAUACCGAAAUUUUGGCCUCAAACCCUUGCUAAACACGUUCUUAUCGCUCAAUACUUACAGAGCGACGAUUAUGAGAUCAUUCAGUACCUUACCGAUCUAUUUGUAGAGAAGCACGAAGAAAAGUUGGAUGACUACAAAAUCUUUCUUCACUUCUCUACGAACCCCUUCUUUAAAAACACGGAACUAGUCAAGGAAUAUUAUCUCGACGAUAAGGGUGAUUACUGCACCAAAAGCACUCCAAUUGAAUGGCACGAAGGAAAGGAUAUAACGCAGAAGAGUGGGAAUUCUUCGGAAGAAGAAAGCGAUGAUAUAAGUUUCUUCGCAUGGUUCACGUCCAAACAGACACUUGCCAAUGAGGGGUGGGAUUUGGGUAAAGUCAUAAGUGAGGAAAUAUUCCCAAAGGCAUUUGAGUAA